GGCGAGUCCCCUUUCUGGCUGGGAGGGAAGACGCAGGGAGUGAUGGCGGCGCCGCUGCUGAGGGUCUGGGCGCUGGGCUUCCUAGCCCUGUGGGCCGGAGGGGGCGGCCUCGGCGUCGGCGGGCAGAAGAAGAAGGANAUGGUGCUUUCAGAAAAAGUCAGCCAGUUGAUGGAAUGGACCAACAAAAGAUCUGUCAUCCGACUCAACGGGGACAAAUUCCGGCGUCUAGUGAAGGCACCACCGAGGAACUACUCCAUGGUUGUGAUGUUCACUGCACUUCAGCCUCACAGACAAUGCGUUGUGUGCAAGCAAGCAGAUGAAGAAUACCAGAUACUGGCAAACUCCUGGCGGUACUCAAACGCCUUCACCAACAGGAUCUUUUUCGCUAUGGUUGACUUCGACGAAGGUUCUGAUGUAUUCCAGAUGCUCAACAUGAACUCUGCUCCAACUUUCAUUAACUUCCCACCGAAAGGGAAACCGAAAAGAGGUGACACUUACGAGCUACAAGUACGAGGUUUCGCUGCUGAGCAACUUGCCCGCUGGGUGGCUGAUAGGACUGAUGUCAAUAUUCGGGUGAUCAGGCCUCCCAACUACGCCGGACCCUUGAUGUUGGGCCUGCUUUUGGCUGUUAUCGGAGGCCUUGUGUACUUGAGGAGAAGCAACCUGGAUUUUCUUUAUAACAAGACAGGUUGGGCUUUUGCUGCCUUGUGUUUUGUCCUGGCAAUGACCUCGGGGCAAAUGUGGAAUCACAUUCGAGGGCCACCCUAUGCUCAUAAAAAUCCUCACACAGGCCAAGUGAACUACAUCCAUGGGAGUAGCCAAGCUCAGUUUGUUGCUGAAACGCACAUCGUCCUGUUCUUCAAUGCAGGCGUCACUCUGGGGAUUGUGCUGUUGCACGAAGCGGCUACUUCGGACUUAGAAGUGGGCAAGAGAAAAAUCAUUUGUAUGGCCGGCAUUGGUCUCGUGGUGCUCUUCUUCAGCUGGCUGCUCUCCAUAUUCCGUUCAAAAUACCAUGGCUAUCCGUACAGCUUCCUAAUGAGUUAGAGGAGCUUGGAGCCAUCCUGUUCCCAUGGAGUGGAUCAGAGGCAUUAACCAUGUGGAUCACGCUACCUCUAAUUCAAAAUGAAUGAAAAUUGUUGCGCGCCAAACCAAAGACGUCUGAGUGCCUUGAUGAAAUAGACAAGUAUGCCCUAAAAAUCAUGGGAAGUAUUAAGACAUAUCUACAUCCUCCGUUUACUUACAACCUAGCAAUUUGGAUUCUGGGCUUUUUGUGGUUGACUGGCCUAAAAGUUGCUGAAACUUAACUCUGCAGCCGCUCUUCAAAGAGCUUCCUUAGACACCAGUUGCCUGAUGUUCCCUUGGGAUCCGGCAGUGGCUUGCUGGGGUGGGGAAGGGUUAGCAAUCUGGCCAUCUGGAGGGUUCAGCACAGCCCUUUGGACUGUGGUUUGAAUCGCUGGACUGCCUGACACUGCCUGUUUUUGAUGCCGGAGAGGUCUCCGUUCUCUUCGCUUUUCUGGAGGUCUUUCCAUGCCAUGCAGAAAGUUACCUGGUUUCUAUAGAAGCAGCCCCGAUUUUAUUCAAACCCGCUUAAUUAGGGGGUUUAUUCAAUAAUGCUUUCUGUUCAAAGAAUACAGAUAAUGCAGGAAUAACAUUGCCAUUUUUUGAGGCCAUUUCUCUUGGCGUUAGCUUUCUAACCUACUGAAGAGAACUCUCCCCCAAAUAACCUGUUACACUACUAGCACAACCUAAUUUGCAGAAAUUGAUAGAUCCCUGGAAAAGACCUUUAUGUUGGGAAAGUGUGAAGGCAAGAGGAGAAGGGGACAACAGAGGAUGAAAUGGUUGG